AGCCCUCAGAUGGACCUGCAGCUGCAGCAGAGCAACCACAGCAGCUGCUCUGUGAACCGGGUCUGUGUUCCUCAGCCGGACUUUCUGACAGAUUCUUUUGGACCUCUGUGGAUCUUUUGGACCGACCCAGCUGUGAGUGGACCCGUUUAGGUUCUGUUAGGUUCUGAAUUUCCUUCAGAAUCUUUGUGUUCUGCUGGAUUCUGGCUUUUUUUUUUUUUUUUUGCUCUGAACUUUUUUCAUCCCGUUCGGACUUUGUUCUGGACGUGUUCUACAGAGUUCUGACCGUUUACUCUCACCCUCUAGUUUGCAAAGUUCUGACCAAGUUCUGAAGUGUUUUUUCAAGAACCAUGCUGUUCUCCAGCAGCCUCCUGCAGCAGUGCUUCUUCGCUGUCUUCCUGCUCUGCUCUCCGGUUCCGUACGCGGGCCGACCCGUCGACACCAGCAGCAGAAUGCGCCGCUCCGUCAGCGAAACGCAGCUCAUGCACGACAAAGGCCGGAUGCUGCACGGAUUCCGCCGCAUCGUCUACCUGCAAGACCUUCUGGACGCCCUCCACACAGGCGACGCCUUGUCGGUCCGAAGCGCCGGGGUCGGAGGCAGCGGGCUGCCCGGACCCAGCCUCGGCGUCAACCCCAGCACCACGGGCAGCACCCUCCAGUCCAAACCCCCCGGAGGAACCAAGAACCUCCCCAUCACCUUCCAGGUGGAGGAGGAGGAGGGAACCAACCUGCCGCAGGAGACCAACAAGUCGCAGCCGUACAAAGACAGCACGCAGAAGCUCCCCGGAAAGAGGAAGAGGAAGGGCAAGUCUGGCAGGAGGAAGGAGGGGGAGAAGAGGAAGAGGACGGUGCGCUCCAUAUGGCGGAGGCUGGAGGAGGAAGCUGGCAGCGGACUCCACCUGGAGUGGAGGUCUCUGCUGGGCGUGCAGAGGGCGCUGCAGUGAGACGCCGUCAGACGCUGACGAAGAAAGAAAUCUUCGCCUCAGCUUCCCAGACUCCUAAAUGUUCACGACUCGGCCUCCUGCCAUUGUGAGCGUUUGGACAGCAGACAGAAAAUAUUUAUUGUGUGUAAAUAUCUGAGAAUGGAAACAGAAAAUGUUUAAAUGAACCCAUGUGGGCGCUCUGUGCAGCGACUGAUUUUAAUCUUUGUGAAUCCAUUUUUUUAUUCCAGUAAUGUCUUAUUAUUUCCAGUAAUUUAUUUUGUUAUAUUUAUUUCGGAAACGUAUCGAGGUGCUGCUGACCUUGUAUAUUUUUGUACCAUAAUGCACUUUAGAUAUCUAUAAUCUAUAAAACAUGACCUUGUUGUUUCUGUUGUUUUUGAUCUGAAGUGAAGAAAACCGACUUUUUUUUUCCUCUUUUUCUUUUUUUUUUUAAAUGUGUUUGUUUCUUUGAAGUUGUUUUUUGUGGUCUAUCCUCGCGAUGCCUUCACUGACCGUCAGUUUUCUCCACGCUCCGCUUCUCCGGGCCAAAGUUCACACGUGUACCAAAACACAGCUUGUUCAUGUUUGUGCACUGAGAUGAAGCCCCUGUUCUGAACUGAUUAAACAUGUCGUCAUAUCUGA